CUUUGCUGAUGCUGGAGCUCAGUGAGCGCCUUCUUGCCUUUGCAACAGGUAGUAGCUCCUUCCCUCCCUCCCUGCUCUCUCUGCCUGCUUCCAUGCCUUUCUCCUAAACCCUGGCCCAGCCCUCUCCAUCCGGACCCAGGCAGCAAGAGGCACCAGGGAGGCUCUUCCAGGCAAGGACCACCAGCCAUCAGAGCGCCUCGAUCGCGGGAAGGAUGGAGCCCCUGGCCAGACGCAGAGCCGCCUUCUUGCUUUUGCAGAUCGCCUUGCGCCUCACUCCCGCCUUGGGCGCCCAGCCUCCGGCCCCCCAAGUUUUUGAUCUUCUAUCUACACCCAACCAGAGGCUAGUAAAAACCUUCCUGCAACAGGCACUGUCUGAUUCUACACUGAAUGAAGUCUACGUGCUCUCGACAUUCAAACUGCAACCCAAAACUACAGCUGUGAUAUUUGGACUGUAUUCCUCUACUGAAAACAAAAAAUAUUUUGAAUUUACAGUGAUGGGGCGGGUGAAUAAAGUUUCCCUCAGAUAUCUGCGGAAUGAUGGGAAAUUACAUGCCGUGAUCUUCAGCAAUGUACAGUUAGCUGAUGGGAAGCGUCACAUGGUUCUCCUCCGGCUUAGUGGCCUCCAACGGGGACACAGCAAAGCAGAAUUGUAUGUGGACUGUGCUCAGUUGGAUUCCACUCAAGAACUGUCAAAAGCCUUCUCAGGAUUGUCUCAAAGCUCAGAGCCAGUGGAAUUAAGGACACUACAGAGAAAAGCACAGGAUGUUUUGGAAGAGUUGAAGCUAGUAGUAAGAGGGUCAUUGUCGCAAGUAGCAGGCCUACAAGACUGUUUUCUUCCACAGAAUGAGCCAGCAGUUCAAUAUCCAGGUGUUUCUACGAGUGACUUUAAUAGACAGUUAUUAGGUCACAUGAUGCAAAUGAACCAAAUACUGGGUGAUGUGAAAGAUCUUCUCAGACAACAGGUUAAAGAGACAACAUUUUUAAGAAAUACAAUAGCAGAAUGUCAAGCAUGUGGACUGGGUGCUGGAAACUUCCCCACUCCCCCACCACCACCCCCUAAACCCAAAUGUGAAACCAAUACUUGCUUCCGAGGAGUGCUAUGCACAGACACAGCUGAUGGGUUUCAGUGUGGGCCUUGUCCUGAAGGAUUCACUGGAAAUGGAAUUGUUUGCACGGAUAUUGAUGAGUGCCGAUAUAAUCCGUGCUUUCCAGGGGUGAGAUGUUUCAACAUGGCUCCUGGUUUCCGAUGUGAAACUUGCCCACCAGGAUACACUGGGCAGAUUAUCCAAGGUGUGGGAAUAAACUCUGCCAAAAAUAACAAACAGGUCUGCAUGGACAUAGAUGAAUGUCAGAAGAAUGGAAAUGGAGGUUGUGUUGCAAAUUCCCUCUGUAUAAAUACUGUGGGUUCCUAUCGCUGUGGAGCAUGCAAGCCUGGAUUUACUGGAGACCAAGUCAGGGGGUGCAGAGCUGAACAAAGCUGUAGAAAUCCAUCCCUAAACCCUUGCAGUAUCCAUGCCCAAUGUACUGAAGUAAGACAAGGAGACAUCUCAUGUGUUUGUGGCAUUGGAUGGGCUGGCGAUGGCUUUGUGUGUGGAAAAGAUAUUGAUAUUGAUGGCUAUCCUGAUGAAGAACUCCCAUGCUCACUUGAAAGCUGCAGAAAGGACAAUUGCAAAUUUGUUCCAAACUCUGGACAAGAAGAUGCUGAUGGAGAUGGAGCAGGAGAUGCCUGCGAUGAUGAUGCAGAUGGAGAUGGCAUUCCAAAUGAGCAGGAUAAUUGUGUGCUUGCUCCUAAUGUUAACCAGAAAAACAGUGAUCAAGAUAUCUUUGGCGAUUCUUGUGACAAUUGCCGCAUGGCCUUGAACAAUGACCAGCGAGAUACUGAUGGAGAUGGCAAAGGAGAUGCUUGUGAUGAUGACAUGGAUGGAGAUGGCAUUAAGAAUGUUUUGGACAAUUGUCAGAGGGUUCCCAACCAGGAACAGAAUGACAGAGAUAAUGAUGGUGUCGGUGAUGCUUGCGACAGUUGCCCAGAUAUUAGCAACCCUAAUCAGUCAGAUAUUGAUAAUGAUCUAGUAGGGGAUUCUUGUGACACCAAUCAAGAUAGUGAUGGGGAUGGACAUCAAGACAGCACAGAUAACUGCCCCACGGUCAUUAACAGCUCCCAGCUAGACACUGACAAGGAUGGGAUAGGCGAUGAAUGUGAUGACGAUGAUGAUAAUGAUGGGAUUCCAGACCUUAUCCCGCCAGGCCCAGAUAAUUGUCGGUUGGUUCCUAACCCAGGGCAGGAAGAUGACAACAGUGAUGGAGUGGGUGACAUCUGUGAAGCAGAUUUUGAUCAUGACACUGUGAUUGAUCGGAUUGAUGUCUGUCCCGAGAAUGCAGAGAUCACUCUGACUGAUUUCCGGGCUUAUCAGACAGUCGUUCUUGAUCCAGAAGGUGAUGCUCAGAUUGAUCCAAACUGGGUGGUUCUGAACCAGGUACAAUUUUUUUUUUUAAAAAAUCUUCCAAGUAAAAUCCUGAAGUUAAAAAGCCACUUUUUGCUAAUGCUUAAUUCGCAUGACAAACAAUCCUGCACUUGCAGAAUUUUCCUAGGAUUUAAACCCUGUUUAUCUAUGGGAUUUGGGCAUUUUUCCUCCUGUGGGAUAAACUCAAUUGACUCAUGGAUUAGGAAUUCAUUUCCAAAUGCAGAGGUUGGUAAAGAACAUGAGAAGUAGAGGUUUGGUUGUUUUGGGUAGUGGUGUCUUUAAAAAAAACAACAACCAAUG